AUGCCUCCCAAAAGUGGAAUUACUAAACGAGAGCCACGGCGUCGCAAGAUUGCUCUGGCCUGCGAGUCAUGUCGAGAUAAAAAGGUCAGGUGUGAUGGUAUAAAGCCUAUUUGUGGCCCAUGCGCUCGACGCUCGUAUGCCGUUGACCAAUGUGUAUACAAGCUGGAAAAUGCGAGGUCUGCCAGCAACGAUGAAUACUUGAAAAUUCUCCAUAAUCGUAUUCGAGAACUUGAAGAUAUAUGUGCGAAAAAUGGAGUAGCUAUGCCGCCUGGGCCUUCACAACAUGCAGACUACAGGGCAUCUGAAAGUCGAAAUCAUAUGGGCGAAGAGAUGGAUCUGGAUCGAUUGGACGCAGAAUCCAGGACCUCUGUUGCUGCAGAAGGAUUACUAGGACUGGGUUCCACCCCUGUGCUACCUGGACCAAGUCCUCUGUCUUCAGCGCCUACUUUUCAACCGCCAAGAUUUCCCGCGCAGCGGAAUCGACCGGAAGCUGAGCGCUAUAGAUCUCCACAUGCGGCACAUCUGUCUCCUGAAUCUGCCCAAUCACGAUCAGGCAGUAUAUAUCCUCCACCUUCUCUCAACUCCCAUGGUAAUGUCACUGCUAUGGGUGCAAUAUCUGUCGCAGAAGACGACCCAGGCACAGACUCUCCGCAGGAGCAGCAAUACUAUGGGGACUCUUCAGUGGCCUCUUUCAUGCGUCUCGCAGGAGAGUCGAUGCCUUUGCAGACGUACAUGUCAGCUUUGCGAAGCAGCAAGAAUGAGUCGUCAAGGUCCCAGGGCCCUGAUCCCGGGAUUUGGCGAGAUCUAGGCCAUCCAACAGUAGAUCUUCGGUUCGACGACUUCUCCUUGCCACCUCGAUCUCUGGCGGACCAUCUUCUUGGGUGUUAUUUCAACAGAGUACAUUGCCUAUUUCCAUUUUUCCAUCGUCCGAGUUUUGAGCAAGCAUAUGAAAAUCUCUGGGAGUCGGACAAGGCAUCUAAGCCCGAGUUACCACAGCUCAAUAUCGGACUUGGGGGUGCAUUCGAUUACGGUCCUAAUUCAAUUGUCUUUCAUUGCGCACUCAACGCCAUCUUUGCCCUUGGCUGCCAUUUCUCUGAUAUUCAGCCUGCAAACCGGGAAGCCGCGGUUUACUCGUUUUUCCUUCGCUCAAAGCGAUUUGUGAAUCUUGAUCUUCUAGACUUAGGUACUAUCGGCGUGGUUCAAACGCUGCUGCUUGUUUCACUUCUUCAAAGUACCCCUUAUCCGAAUCGGUGCUGGAAUGCAAUAGGACUGGCGUGUCGAGCGGGUCAAGGGCUCGGGCUACAUGAGACAAGCACACACGCCUCGAACAAACCCCUGGAGAUAGAAAUACGGCGGCGUACGUGGCAUGGCUGCGUCAUUAUGGAUAUGAUUGUGAGCAUGACACAUGGAAGACCGAGCAUGACCUCUCACAUAUCACCAUUGCCUCUGCCUGCAAUGGGAAUGGACCCCCGAGAAGCCGAUCCUUGUGAGCUUAGUGGACAACCCUGUGAUCAUAAGCUAGGAUAUAUGACGUUCUACGUUUCAGCCAUUGAAUUAUAUAAAAUUCUCGAGUCUAUUCUAUCCGAGGUCUAUAAUGCUUGGCAGAGUCGAUCGAAUAACACUCGCUCCAGUUCGGCACGAAGCUCCAAGCUUUGUAGUUUGGAUGUAUUGAUGGAACUCGACGAUAAACUCACUGCUUAUGAGACUAGCGUGCCCCAGCCCUUGAAUUGGAUAGGUGAAUUAUCGCUGCAUCGCUCAGACAGUGGCAAGGCGUCGAUCUUCAAGCGCCAGCAGAAUGUGCUGCAUGCGAGAUUCAUCCACCUUCGCCUCUUGUUAUAUCGCCCCAUGUUUACUCAACUCUGCUCCGAUGAGCGAGCAGGGUCAUCGCGCCGCUCUGAUAUCCAACCCGGCGAGAAAAACAUGAUCUACUCCUCGGUCUUCUCAAAAUGUGCUGCCUCUUGCGUCAUGGCAGCCAUAGACCUCGUCUCACUUAUUCACGAGACAUAUCGAACAAGCGUAACUGAUGCAUGGUGGUACAAUGGAUUCUACACGUCAACUGCAGGGUUCAUAUUGAUAAUGUCGUACUCAUGCCGUUCUAUUUGGGAGCAAGUUGAUUCACAUCUGGUGGAUGAAAGUUGGCGCAAGUGCGAAGAGAUCUUAGCUUUUAUGGCUAUAUUUAGUCUCUCUGCCCGCAACUCGUUGCAGUUCUUGCAAGUGACGCAUCAACAUAUUAUGCAAAAUUAUUCAGCUACUUGUCGGGCUGGAGACACUUCCUUGGUUUCUACCCAACUGCACCAAAGGGGUAAUCAACAUCUAAACCGACCUGAUCUGUCGUCGCAGCCUAAUCAGCCAGUAUCUGAUGAACACAGCCGUCACGAAACUAGUAACAUGGAUAUCAAUCCUUUCACAACUUGGGAUGAGAUGAGCUUGGGCCAGGAAGAGUUUGGAUUCCUUGGGAGAUUUGAUUUGCCUGAUCUUGCAAGCUGGUUCGCGGAUAUACCGCCUUGA